AUGAACUUGAGACAACAGCUACAACAACUGCUCACGCUGCUCUAUGUUGGCACCUCCGCGUAUAUGUUCUGGAAGGGGCUGUCUGUGGUUACGAACUCGUCUUCUCCAAUAGUUGUUGUUCUGUCAGGCUCCAUGGAGCCUGCGUUCCAUAGAGGUGAUGUUCUGCUGUUGUGGAACCGUAACGAGAGAUCGAGGGUUGGAGACGUUGUGGUGUACGAGGUGAAUCAGAAGGCCAUUCCUAUUGUCCACAGGGUGUUGAGAGAACACCAUAAUGACAAGAAGCAACUGCUACUGACAAAAGGUGAUAACAACCCUGUUGACGAUUUGGGACUAUACGCACGCGGUCAGAACUAUCUCAAUAAGGAUAAGGAUAUCGUCGGUACCGUGUAUGGAUACUUCCCAUUUGUUGGUUAUGUGACGAUUCUCAUAACAGAGAACCAGUACUUUAAGUAUGGUUUAUUAGGCCUCAUCGCUUUAUCCUCGUUGAUCUCUGGUGAAGAGUGA